CACAUAAAACUAUAAACUUAGGGACUCAAAAUCACAAUAACUUAAACCAACGCCAAAGCCCACCUUAAACCCUCUUGCUUCCUAGGUUCGCUGCUACCUCAACCUAAUUAUCUCCGAAUUCAUCAGGCAACGUUGUCUCUUCAGGAAGCUUACCUCUGAAAAUGGAUGCGUUUCACUUUGACGAAAUUAUUAAGGUUCUAAAGGUGGAUGCUGAUGGCAAAAAGUAUGACAAAGUUUCUCGCAUAGAAGCAGAAAGUAGUGAUGGUGAGACAUCAAUCCAGCUAGAUAUCAACUCAGAACUAUACCCGAUGAAGCGAAAAGAGUUGUAUAGGAUGGUUAUAUCAACGACACUAAUGGAGGGGUCGGCUGUCACUAGCUAUCCUCCUGAGGGAAAAUCUCUUCUUGACAAAUUUGAAUACAUCGUGCAUGGGUUAGUAUAUAAGGUCUCAAUGGAGGGAUCAGGACCUGACAAGAAAGUAGUGGUUUAUGUCUCCUUUGGAGGACUUCAGUUGAUGCUGAAAAGUGAUCCCCUCAAGGCACAAAAGUUUAAGCUUGAUCAGAAGCUCUUUCUUCUUUUGAGGAAGAUGGUGAAGUGACUCCAUUUGUUGCUCUGGAAUCCUUAUGGGAGCAGGGACUUUGUGUAGAAGGUUUUUAGCUAUCAACAUGAAACCUAUGCUGUUGAACUGCAUCUUUGUUGGCGAAAUUAUGUACAGUUCUGAACUUAAUUAAGAUGUAUCGACUCUGCUCUUGGAAAAAAAUGUUUGUUUUGCAAGUGUUUACUGGAAAACAGGUCUCUGUGAACGCACUUAUGUUAAACAUUUUGGCUUUGUUGCAAUGAACCAGUAUGCGUCACAUGUGAAGAUAACUGUUUGUUGUACUGUCAUUUUGGCUUUGUUGCAAUAAACAAGUUGCUUGCACUUUUGCUAUAAAAUAUGGUUUUAGGCCUAUUCUUGCACCA